UCUGGAGAGCAGAAAGCAGGCCCGUUUUCAUUUAAGAACUACAUUUGAUCGACCUUUGUGGAAUUCUAUCGCGAUCUUUGCCUGUUGUUAUCCACUUUUUAUCUUUCAAACCGGAAGAAGUCGGGGAUAAAAAGAACAGCUGCUCCGACAUCUGGAUGGGAGCGGGGAACAUCUGCAGGAGUGAAGCACAUCAGUUCUCACAGGACAUGGUGCAACCACCAGGACUUUAAAACGAUCUGGAUCAGCUUAACCUGAACUCCUGAAUGUUGAAAUACUCGACCGAAGAUGAGCCACAUGAAAGUAGAGGAAUUACCAAGAGGUUUACCUGCAUCCUCUCUGAAAAGACGCAUUAUGAGGCUUGGAAGGAAGUCCAGUGAUGGCUCCUUGCAGUCAAGUUCGUCCACCGGCAGUUCAUCUACCGGCAGGUCAGCUGAGGUCGUGGCUUUCAGACAGCCUUACAAGAACCGCAUCCGUCGCCACACCAACCGCCUCUCCGGAGUCUUCCUUCGCGGCCCCACCUCUGGCUCGCUCUCUGUGGCCAUGUCCAAGCAAGUCAGGAAAACAAGCACAGAUGCGGCAAUUGUGGACGACCCCUCCGAACUGUCAAAUCAGUUAAGCGCUCCAGGAAUCUUGAAGAUCUUUGGGAGUGAGAUCUGCAAAGGAGCUCACUAUAAGAGUGUCCUCGCCACCACACACUCGAGUGCAAAAGAGCUGGUCAAAGAGGCCCUUGAAAGGUAUGGCCUCGGAAAAGAAGAAGCAAGCACCUAUGUUCUCUGUGACACGAUUGGCUCCAUUGGAGAGCGUCAGUGGAAAACCGAAGGAUUCCGAGUUGUGGGGGACAACGAGAAGCCACUCCUCCUACAGUCGCUAUGGAAACCAAGGGAAGGCCUUGCAAGACGCUUUGAAAUCCAGCGGCGAAGCCUGGUGGAGGAGCAGACAUCCAAAGAUAAAGACACCUUCACUGCUGGUAUCAACGCCCAGGCCCGAAAGCUGCAGAAGAGUCGCUCCAGAGUGAACUCCUCCCUCAUUGAGAGAACAAUCAGUCGAAGUCAGAAACUCUGGAGGAGUAAAAGUGAGAUGGAUCUUAUAGAUGCAGAUGCAGAGACCAAGAAAGAUCAGGAUAAAAGUUCUCAGGAUCAAAGAGAGUCCCUGAAUGGAACUUCAGUAGAGAGCUGGAAGGGCCCAGAAGCAAGGCCAGAACAGAAUGACAUUGAACUCGCAGUUCCCUCUCAAAGGGAUGGUGGUUUGCAGGCCAAAACAGAGACCCUCUGUCCGCCAAGGCCGAGAGGUGAGCAGGAAGGAGAAGAGUCAGAGAGGGAGGAGACAGAAAGCAGCGAUGAUAACACCACACAGUACUCUAUUCACCCACCUCACGACUGUCCAUACCUGCUGCUACUACAUGGCUGCAGCUCCAUACAGGACUUUGUCAUCUACCUACUUAUGAAUCCCAGCAUUGUAAUAGGGCGACAAAAUGAACAAAAGGAAGAUGCAUCAAAGGCGGACUUCACCCUCCUUGCAGAAGAUAUACUUCCAAAACACUGCAGUUUUCAUCGCAACAGUACUGGCGGACCUACCACGCUCUGCCCUUUUCCGGAUGCUGUGGUCACUAGGAAUGGCGGCGCACUUAAAGCCAAAGUCGAGCUUAGCCCUGGAGAUGUCAUUGGUCUGGGCCAAAGCUACAUAUUUCUCUUCAAAGAUCCCUUGAGACACAAGGAAGUGAACCAUGCUGGUCCUGAUCCCAGCUUGUCAACAGUCCCCUGGUUGCUUGGAUAUACCACGUCUGCUAUGACAAAAGAUGGGAUACUCUGCAACACCUGCAUUGACCUUCAAGGCCCUGACACCAUAAAGUGCCUGAAGAGAGCCCCCCCAUUUUUGAAAUCACAUGAGGGCCUCUGUCUGACUUUGAACUACCAGGCUGAGGAUGAGCAUUGCAUCGUGAAAAAAAUAGUUGCAAUGGGAAGCAGCGGUGCCAAAGACUUACCGCCUCUGACUGUUGCAUUUUUGCUGUGCAUGUGUGUUCAGUAUUCUGCCUCACGUCUCCCCAAGUCAGACCUGCGAAGACUCCUGCUGCUUAUUGCAAGUGAAAUUGAGAGUGCAGUGUGGGAGCAAACCAAUGAAUUAGCUGCUAUUCAAAAGGAAAUCCUUGAGGACAUAAUACCAGGACUGUUUCCCCUAGUGGUAUGGAUGUCAAACAGCCUGGAGCUGCUCCAGUUCAUCCAGUACCAGUUGCCUCUCAUCUUAAAGUGGAGAACCACAGAAUACAAUGAAGAUGGAGAACAACGAGAGGAGGGGGACAAUUUGGUCCUGCUGGAGUUAAAGCUGUCCUGUGUGCGUUCAGCCAGCGAAGAGACGAUAGCCGCCCUGGAGGAGGUCAUCAUGCUUACCUUCCAGCAGUGUGUGUACUACAUCACCAAGGUUCUGUACCCCAUCCUGCCUUUCUUUCUGGACUGCAACCCAUUUGUGGAGGAUCCUGAUCCUCCUCAAGGGACUGGCGAGGGUGAGUCGGUUCUGCGUAGCAGCAGGCUGAGGUUCCCUGAUGAGAUCCAGCAAGUCGUGGCAGUCCUGACUGAGACCCAGAGGUUGCUAUCAGACUGUCAGCUCCACCCUGAGAUUUCCACACAGCUCAUUGGAUUCCUUUUCUACUUCAUCAAUGCAUCGCUCUUCAACUUACUCAUGGAGAGAGGCUCCGAGCCAGGUUUCUAUCAGUGGUCUACAGGCAUGCGCUUAUGGACCAAUCUUGACUUGCUUCUGAGCUGCUCCCAGACAACUGGAUUGAGAAAACUGGCUUGUGCGCACACGCACGCACUUUCAUCGGCCAUCAAUCUUCUUGCUACGCCUUGGAAUCAUUUACAGCAGACAUCUUGGAUGUCGCUACGAUCCGCCUUCCCUGCCUUGAAUGCAGCCCAGCUGAACCACCUGCUGAGCCUUUACAUCCCAGCUUCUCCCUCUUGGACUCCAUGUGUUCAGGACCAAGCAGAAGCACACAACACGGACGACAUCCUGCAGAGUUUUGACACCCAUCAUCCUCUUGUGCUGCCAGAUGAGGAUUUCCAGUUCAUUUUGGGAAAGGCGGUGACAGAUUCAUCCUUGAUUGAACAGUUGGACAAGCUCAAAGUCUCCAUUUCCAAUCUAUCUAAUUUACAGUCCCAUGGAGUCUCAGCUGUUGGCCAGCACCAGGGUAUCAUCAUUCCCACAGAGAGCAGAAACAGGCAGGAAACAAUUACACAACAUGCAGUCCAAAUGCUAUUAUCUCAGAAAACACUCCACCAUCGCCCAUCAUCGUCUGUCUCACCCCCACGUGCCCCCUCCUCCACACAAUAUCUGGAUGACUUCAGCUCCUGUGGUGCCCUCCUUUUGUCCCAGAAGCUUCGGGAUUUGCAGACAAGAGAGACGGACACCACUGAGCCGAGGAGGUCAGCACUGGACCCCUCGUGCCUCCUCACCCCACCCAACACUCCCCUCAUCAUAGAUCCUGUUCAUUUUCCCAGAGAAGAAAAAGACACAUUAGUGAAAGUUCAAAGUGACACACAUCCCUGUUCUGCUCGUGUCGGGGGACACAAUGAAGAUGGCUUCAUGUUUGAAUGUCUGGCUCCACUGAAUGAUGACCGUGUGAAUCCAGAUUACACCUGUAUGAAAAGGAUUUUUGAACUUAUAGAGGAAGAGGAGGAGGAGGCCGAAGAGAUGAACAACCAUUUUGAUGACAAUAACGACGAGAUCUUCAGUUUGGAGAUACAGCGCGAUGAAAACGGUCUUGGUCUUGCUCUAGUUGACACACGGGAUCUGCCAUUGAAGGUGAAAGGCAUCUUCAUCAGAGCUGUGAUUCCUGACACUCCUGCAGCCCGUUGUGAGAAGCUACAACCAGGAGACAGGAUCCUUGCCGUUAAUGGAGUCAGUCUGCUUGGCCCUCACUGCCAAAAUGGCAAGGAGCUAAUGCAGUCGUCAGGUGACAGGCUGAGGUUACUAGUGGCAAGAUCUGAUUGGAUGGCCAAAGCUGUACAAACGGAAUGCUGACAUUUGGGUUUAGUCACAUAUUUUCACCAAGUGACUGCUCAAACUAUUGUAAAAAAAAAAAAAAAAAAAAAGUUCUCUUCAAAGUUUGGGGAGGAUCACACAACCCACCCUUAACUCUCACCCCCAGUGGAAAACUCUGUUGACAAGAAAUUGUACCUUUUUUGACACUGAUUUAAAUAUGGCUCUGAAGACAUAAUGCGCUAUCAUUACAGUAUGUUUUAACAACAUUUCAAAAAAGGUCAAUUAUUCACAAUGUAGUAAAUUAAUAGCAAGUACUUUGGUCUGUUAUG